AUGGCUAAAGAGUGCCCCCCACUCCCAUUCAACGAGUGGCUCUUCCCCCCCCCCCCCCCCCCUUCCCGCAGUACAGCAGGCAUGAGUGAGAUUCUCAAUCUUUCCUACGGUCAAUAUUCAAACAGUACAAUUACCCAUCUAUACAACUUUCAAGAGUCUCAAAUACCAUACACUAAAGAUACCAAACUCAAUCAUCAAUUAUCAACAUUUCUAUAUAAAUCAAAACCAUAUGGAUCCACUACAGCAAACUAUUAUCCACGAGCACUUUUAUUUGACUUACGUAACGGUUUAGGUGCAUUGAACAAGUACGAGUAUGCCGAAGAAAUACCCCAAUUGAACAUACCCAUCUUGAACCAGUCGCAACAACAACAACUGCAAACUACUCAACUGCAAAAGCAUGAAUAUCAAAAGAGCUUGGAUCAAGGUAAAGCUGAUGCAUCAUUAUUACAUACAGGUAAUACCAAGUAUUGGACUGAUUAUAAUAAACUCAUAUAUAACCCAAAAUCAAUCAUCACUCUACCUUCUUAUCAACACCAGUACAACCUGUAUGGAUUAAAUUUCAAUCUACCACGGCAAAAAUUUGACUUGUAUUCCACUGGGAUUACCGAAUUCAAAUCAAUUGGAACGGAAUCGGUGGAGGAUUUUCGGUACUGGUUAGAGAAAUGUGACUUCCUACAAGGUUUACAACUAGGUACCACCAUUGAUGAUUCUUGGAGUGGGUUCACCACUGCCAUGAUUGAAGUCAUUCAAGAUGAGUUUUUCAAUAAUAAGGAGAAUGUAUGGAUCUAUGGGCAAUAUAAUCAUCAUGAGCAUCACCACCUGGAGCAGCAUAGACAGUCUAUACUUUACCAAGUCUCCCAAAUCAAAUCAUUUAUUGAACUUUAUAAAUCACUGAGUUUAUUUAUCCCCUUAUUGCCCAAUUACAAUUCAUCAAUGUUAUCGCUGUUAGAUACGAGUUCUAUUUGGCAUACAUCGUGCAUUCCUGCUCUUUUCAUAAAUCUGAUUUGGGGAGUCAAUAACCAAUAUGUUGAUCAAGUGAGUAUGUUUCAUAUGCAAGAGAAUUUGUUACGUGGAGAUGAAGCGAGAAAGAUUGUUAACGAAGUCAAGAUUGUCGGGGAGGGAGAUAGUGGUGGUUCUGGCGGUGGUACUGGUGUUGGUACUGGUGUUGGUGGUGAUUUGAUGGAUAUUGACUUGACCAAAGUGCGUGACUUGACUACAUUGACUCAAGAGGCACGUAAACCUGAGAUCAGUUUGGGUGUAUCUCAAUCGAUGGAGAAUAUUCGAUAUAUAAAUAAAAACUACAUUGUCAGAAACAAGGAGGAUCUCAAUACAAAUGGCAACGCAAUGAGCAUUGAUGAUGAUGAUGGAAUUCCAACAAAUGUAUACACCAACCCCUACAUGACACAAAUUACAAACACUGACACAUUUCCCAACAUUUUACAAAGCAAAAAUGACAAGUUUCAUAUUGAAUUUAAUGUACACAAUGGUAUCAAAGAUUAUCUCAAGCCUUACAAAACAACAAUUGAGAGAUUAAAGUUGAAUUUUAAUGAUUUAGUGGAAGAUAAAGCAGAAUUAAUCGAAGAUAUAAGCAACAUAAUUCUGAGUUAUUCAUCAGGGUUUGAAUCCGAUGACGACGACUACUAUGACUAA